AUGUACCCAACACCCCCAUCCUCCCCUACCGAAAAUGGAACAUGCGCGCCGGAAGAACGACUAGGACAGAUUCUUGCUGGAAGACUCCAGCUCACCGGUAUCCUUGGAAUCGGAGCCUAUGGAGUGGUGUACACAGCCGUGGACAUCCAGACUAGCAUCCCAUAUGCAGUAAAGGCACUUAACAAAAUCGGUCUUGAGCCGCGCCAACGGAAAUUCCAGCAGCGAGAGAUCCAACUCCACCAUCAGGCCAGCGCUCAUCCCAAUGUUGUCUCUUUGGUCAAGAUCAUGGAUGCCCCAGACUGUACCUACGUUGUCAUCGAAUACUGCCCGGAAGGUGAUUUGUUCUCCAACAUCACCGAGCAAGGCAAGUACGUAGGCAACGAUGCCAUGGUCAAGCGUGCAUUUCUCCAAAUUCUGGACGCCGUAGAGUUCUGCCAUUCUAAUGGAAUUUAUCACCGGGACUUGAAGCCGGAGAAUGUCUUAGUCACCGAUCAAGGUAUGACCUGUAAACUCGCAGACUUUGGACUCGCCACGACCGACCACGUCACCUCCGACUUUGGAUGCGGCUCAACUUUCUACAUGUCACCAGAAUGCCAGACAUCAGCGCCAAAGGCCUACUCAUGUUAUGCUUCGGCCCCAAAUGAUGUCUGGAGCCUAGGUGUUAUGCUCGUUAACCUAACUUGCGGACGCAAUCCAUGGAAGCGUGCAUCUUUUGAGGAUAGCACCUUUCGCGCCUUCAUGAAGGACCCCAAGUUCCUCAGAUCUAUUCUCCCCAUUUCCUUGGAGUUGGAUGCCAUCCUGAGGCGCAUUUUUGAGUUUAAUCCCGCCAAGAGGGCUACUAUUCCUGAAAUCCGGGAGAUGAUCGUCCGAUGCUCUGGGUUUUCGGCCACCAAGUCGGCAGUUUCAACACCACUUCACUCGCCACCCUUCAAUCCUGUGGACUACAACCGUGAUGCUGCGUACAAUGCAUACUACCAGCAACCGGUUCCCCAAGUUGCUCCCCUCCCCAACCCUGCCUAUUCCCCGUCUCCCUUCCAGCACUCCACCUCCUCUGGAAGCUCCAAUUCGGACAAUGACUCCGUCUUCUCCUCUUGCUCAUCAGCAUCAUCCACCUCUUCGACAUCUUCAUACCAACACGUUUCCCCAGUUCACAAAUUUUCUUCUCGGGUUCCUCAACAACAAACAUACGUUUCUUCUCCAGCACCUUCCAAUACGUGGUUCCAACCAUUCAUUCAGGCAGCCAACUUGGUGAAACAUGUAUCGUUCCAGCCUUCGAUGAUGGCAACGCCGGUCCACGUUUAUUGA